UAAUUCAAAAAGUUUUGUCAAAAAGAAGGCUGCUUUGACAUUAUUACGGUUAUAUAGGAAACAUCCUGAUGUAAUUCCUGCAUCGGAUUGGGCGGAGAGAAUAAUUGUGUUGAUGGAUGAUACAGAUCUGGGAGUUACAUUAUGUGUGACUAGUUUGAUAAUGGCUUUAGCACAAGAUAAUUUAGAAUCGUAUUUAGGUUGUUAUACCAAAACGGUUGAUCGAUUAGCAAAGAUAAUUGUUGAGAGAGAUUUUCCUCUUGAAUAUGUAUAUUAUAAAGUCCCCAUACCUUGGUUACAAGUCAAGCUACUACGAUUAUUACAAUAUUAUCCAGCUUCCGAUGAUCGUAAGGUUCGAAACAAAUUGCAUGAUGUAUUACAAACAAUCCUUAAUAACUCACAAGAUGCUCCUAAAAAUGUGCAGCACAAUAACGCACAAAAUUCCGUAUUAUUUGAAGCUAUCAAUCUUGCUAUUCAUUUAGAUUGUGAAUCACAAAUUGUUAAUCAAGCCGCUUUACUUUUGGGACGUUUUAUAACUUCGAAAGAAACAAAUGUACGAUAUUUGGGAUUAGAAACUAUGUCUCAUUUAGCAGCUUGUGUUGAUUCAUUGGAACCAAUCAAAAAACAUCAGGACACUAUAUUAUUAUCCUUGAGGGACAAGGAUAUUAGUGUUCGCCGUAGAGGAUUGGAUCUCUUAUACAGUAUGUGUGAUGUCAAAAAUGCAAAAGUGAUAGUGACUGAAUUGCUUCGAUAUCUAAAUAUUGCAGAUUAUGCUCUUCGGGAGGAAAUGGUGUUGAAAAUUGCAAUUCUAACGGAGAGAUUUGCUACAGAAAACCA